CAGGAAAUGUACUCAAGAAGAUUUCUGAGAGAAUAUACUCAGUUGUCCUGCUGUGAUUAAACAAGACACGGCUGUAUUUUAAUUUCAGAAAUUGAAAAGGGAUAAGAGGAAGGAGAAAAUGCUGGGCUGGUGCGAAGCGAUAGCCCGUAACCCUCACAGAAUCCCAAACAACACGCGAACACCCGAGAUCUCAGGGGAUUUGGCUGAUGCCUCACAAACCUCCACGUUGAAUGAAAAAUCCCCAGGACGAUCUGCAAGUCGAUCAAGUAAUAUCUCAAAAGCAAGCAGCCCAACCACAGGAACAGCUCCCAGGAGCCAGUCAAGAUUGUCUGUCUGUCCAUCCACUCAGGACAUCUGUAGGAUCUGUCACUGCGAAGGGGAUGAAGAGAGCCCCCUCAUCACACCCUGCCGCUGCACGGGCACCCUGCGCUUUGUCCACCAGUCCUGCCUCCAUCAGUGGAUCAAGAGCUCAGACACGCGCUGCUGUGAGCUCUGCAAGUAUGACUUCAUAAUGGAGACCAAGCUCAAACCCCUCCGGAAGUGGGAGAAACUACAGAUGACCACGAGCGAAAGGAGGAAAAUAUUCUGCUCUGUCACAUUCCACGUCAUCGCCAUCACCUGUGUGGUGUGGUCUUUGUAUGUAUUAAUAGAUCGGACAGCGGAGGAGAUCAGGCAAGGCAAUGACAAUGGUGUCCUAGAAUGGCCAUUCUGGACAAAACUGGUUGUGGUGGCCAUCGGCUUCACAGGAGGUCUCGUCUUCAUGUAUGUACAGUGUAAAGCCUACGUCCAGUUGUGGCGCAGGUUGAAGGCCUACAACCGUGUAAUCUUUGUGCAGAACUGCCCAGACACUGCCAAAAAGCAGGAGAAGAGCUUCUCGUGUAACGUAAACACGGACACCAAGGAUGCGGUCGUGGUGCCUGUGUCACAAACGGGUCCAAAUUCCCUGCCCUCCCUGCCCUCCGCAGAAGACAGCCCUCCGGAAGUGAUGCCGGUGUGACUGAUGCAACAGGUGGGAGUUCCUUCAAAGAAGAUCUUUCUAACCUUCGGCCACAACAAAUGACAGAGAUGAUCCUGAAUUACUCACUUUCUGUAUCUUCUCCCCUUUCUCUCACUGACUCGUUUCCCUUAUUUGGCUUAGAAAGGAAAGGAGGAGAAGACACCAAAUGACAAGACCCCAUGAAACAGAGUCUGAAGUGAUACGGAAACGUGACAAGUUUGCUGAAGAGUCGUCUCUGAAAGGAUUAAAAGUCGCCGGAGCGAGGAAUACUUUCAGGCAAUGUUCAUCAUCAGACCAAAUGGGCACACGAGUCUUCACAGUAGCAGGGGAGAGUUUAAGAACACAGACUUGAAUUGCAAUGUGUAAUUCUUCUAAGGCCUCGUGAUGUUAACUAUCUCGUCUGGAAAUAGCAAGCAUAGUUGGUUUUAAGCUUGAAAUUGUCCGCAUUGCCCCUCAGGCACAUCAGAAGCACACUCGGAGGAUGCAUCUUUGAUAUUCACACUUUGACGGAGAACAGAAUUUGAUGGUUAGUGCAGUCCAGUUGUUUUGACAGAUGCAUGAUUUUAAAAGACACAGUAUGUAUUUGAAGAUAUUAACUUGGAAUUCUAUUUAAAUGGUGAACAAAAGAUUUUCAUUGAUUUUUUUUGGGGGGGGGGAUUAUUUGGCUAUUAAAUAUCCACAUAAGUUGAAAUCAAGUCUCAGGUUCCAUAUUUUAUCUGAACCCUCUAAAACAGUGUAGUGUAGCAGAAGUGUAAUGUGAGCUACAAGUGCAGGCUACCUAUGUAAAUUUAAAUUUUUCUAGCAGCCCCAUUGGAAGCUUUUAAAAGAAAAUAAGUGAAAU